AUGAUUCACUACGUUUCCUCAGAGGCCUUUGCGGCGCUGGCGUGCCUUCUGUUUCUCGCCCUCGCCGCCGCCGCCCAUUUCUUUCAAUGGUCGUUCUGGAGUUCCAUGACGAAAGUAGAAACGCUGGUUGCGGUUGUGAGCUGCGCCUUUGCCUGCCGCGGCGUGGCGUCUGGGCGUCCGUGCAAGUGGCCGAGAGGCGUGGACUUUACUUCUCGCGUGGCCCUCGUCACGGGGGCAUCGUCUGGCGUUGGCUACGGCGUCGCACAGGAGCUCUCUCUGCACGGCUGGACGGUCAUUAUGGCAGGGAGGGACCUGAUGCGCCUGCUGAAGGCAAAACGCUCCCUCGCGGCGCAAAAUCCUCCUGGGCGCCUCGUUGUGCUCGGGGAGGUGGAUCUUGCGGAUCUUGACAGCGUGCGCAGCUUCGCCGCCUCCGUCCUGGAGCAGAGGGAAAAGUUUCCCGUCUCGUUACUGGUGAAUGCCGCGGGGGUUUUGCGGCGCCACCUGCACCGCUGCGAAGACACUGGGAUGGAGGAGAUGAUCGCCACCAACGUGGUGGGGCCCAUGUUGCUCACAAAUUUGCUGCUGCCGCUGCUGGAGGAGGCGGCGGACCGCAGCGGGGCCUCCUCGCGCAUUGUUAACGUGGCCUCCUCUUGUCACACGUUUCUCGGGGCGUCGCGGCGGUGCGGGCCGGCCGAGAUGCUCGCGGCGCUGCACCCACAGCCGCCCGGCGAGGGAGCCGCCGCCGCGGCGAAGGCGGUCCCCCCCGCACUGGAGGACUUCACCCUGGGCAACUUUGUCCGGUACUACGGCCUAUCGAAGCUGUGCGUCAUCUGGUGGACCUCCGUCCUCGCACGUCGCGUCUCCCUGCGUUUCUUCCGCCACGGCGACGGCAAUCACCUCAAGGUGUUUGUCGCGUGCUGCCACCCCGGCAUCAUCACGACCCGCCUGUACCGUGACCUGUUUUCUCAGAGGGUGCUUGACCGCAUUAUUUACUAUCCCUCUCUGCUCAUUGGUAAGACGUGGAGGGAGGGGGCGCAGGCGGCCCUGCGGGCGGGCAUAGAGACGGAGAACAUGGUGCACGGCGGCUACUACAUGUGCACCGGCGAGUAUGGCCCCAACAGCGGCAUCAACUGCCUCUCAAAGGACGCCAUGAACAUGGAGGAGGCGAACAAGUUUUGUGCUUGGGCGGAGGCACAGAUCGAGGCGCAAAAAAAUAGGCCGCGGCAGCCAGGGCAAGGGAAGAAGGUUGCGAGACCGAAGCGAGUCAUGAGGGUGACGUUCGUGACGUGA